AUGCCGGAGAGUCUCGAACAUAUUGAUAAAAAUGCAUCCAAAGAAGAAAAAUAUAAACAAGUAUUAGCUGAAAUCAAAAGUUUAGUUCAACAUGAAAAAGAUUUUAUUGCAAAUCUUGCUAAUAUUAGUGCAGUACUUAAAGAAGUAUUUGGUUUUUGGUGGGUUGGAUUUUAUUUAGUUAAAGAUAAUCAAUUAGUACUUGGACCAUUUCAAGGUCCAUUAGCUUGUACAAGAAUUCAAUUGAAUAAAGGUGUUUGCGGUGCAAGUUGGGGACAAAGUAAAACUAUUGUUGUUCCAAAUGUUCAUCAAUUUCCUGGUCAUAUUGCAUGUUCAUCGGCUUCAUUGUCUGAAAUAGUCGUACCUAUUAUUCGUAUGUCAUCAAAUAACGAACAAGGACAAGUAUUAGGUGUAUUGGAUGUUGAUAGUGAAUAUGAAUGUCAUUUUGAUGAUAUUGAUCAACACUAUCUUGAACAACUUGUACGCGAAUCUAUUGAACCAUGCUUUAAUUAA